UUUUGAAGCUCAAGUCGGAAGUGACGUUAGUUCACGCUAACUAGUUAGCGGGAUUCUUCUGCCUUCCUAGCGCAAACAAGCACCGACUUGCAGUUCGGAAGAAGUUGUCCAGCGAGCUCUACUUGAUUAGGAACCCGAGCACUUUCUGGCGGGUUUCUUCCGAGACGAAGAUAAAAACAUUUGUUUAGUUAAUUUCCGUUUCCUGCGAUUGGAAAGGUCUAAAAGAAGCUAGCUAAGUAGCUACCUGUUAGCUUGAGACGUUGUUACUGAAACAACAGUUUUGCGGUGUAAUUUACAGCCUGUGUAUGUUUUCACCACCGAGAAGAGAUGUUGAGCGGAACUAUCAUGAACGGUAACGAAGCCAAUAAUAAUAACAAUCAUGGUAACGUGGAGAACAACAGUCUGGGCAGCAAAGCGAAGCAGGCGCUGCUGAAGAAAGGUGGGAGGAAGCCGUUGCUGCAUCACCAGAAAGCCCCGAGAUGCCCGAACGUACGCCUGUCUGACCUCCACAACAACAAGCUGACGGGUUCGGCGGUCCACAGAACCGCGGCUCCGUCCGGAACCGGUAAUCAGACGGUCCUGAGCCUCCAUCAUGUCAAACACGGAACCAAGAAGGAGGGUCUGAAAGCUAAAGGCGGGAGGUCGGAGCGAGGAGCCGUCCUGCCUGCCCGCCACCUCCCAAGACACGAUCAGAUCCCCCACAACGAGAACGUCCGAAGCCACAAACCCAAACCGAGCCAAACCCCGACGAAGUGUCCCGCUGCUACGAGGAACGACAAUCACACUCCAAAGAAACCGCCGUCUUCCCGCCUACCUCCGCCCCGGGAGCAGAAGAAACCCCUCCAUGCUUCAAACAAUGUGAAGAUCCUAAACAGCCCCCCCGCUGAACCCGAACCCGAGUAUUGUAAAGAUGGAGAGAAGGUCUAUGCUGGGGCCAAGUUCAGCGAGCCCCCCUCGCCCAGCGUGCUACCCAGACCCCCCCGGCACUGGGUGGGAGAGGACGAGCCUCAGCAGAGCAGCAACAGGGAGCUGAUGACCAUUCACCUCAAGUCUCUGCUGAAGGUCCAGGAAUGACCCGCCGUCUGCGGCGGACCUGCGUGACCCGGUUCACGUUCAAACAAGACCAGGAUGUAAAGCUGCCAUAAAAUGUAGGGAGGUGUUUUCACUGUAAUGCAGUUUUCCACGGAACGACCUGCUGCCUGCAUUAGUGAACAUUAGUGACCACCACGUGUUGCUGUGUGUGUCGGGAUUGACUCGGAUCCGUUUGCGUUGCUGAAUAAGAGGAAAAGUCCGAUUUCUUUGCCAGCGGCAGCCGUGGCUCCAUGUUUACAUGAUGCAGAGUGACAACAGCCAUGUUUGACUUUUUACCGAGUUUCCAUUAAUGUACUUAAUAUAUUUGUGUAUAUUGUUAUUUUAACUGAGAUUCUAGUUUUGUUACUCGGACUUUUGUAUGAAACAGAAAACCCUUCCCCUGCAGACUCGAGCACUUUGUCGUCCAGCUCCAGAUUCCACGAAUCUAAGAGACUUUCCUCGUGGAUUUGCACUAAAAACUCCAAAGAGGAGAUUCCCGCGUUUGACAUUCCAAAUCUGGACCAGCCAACUUCCACAUCCUGACUGGUCGUGGCCGGGACGCAUCGACGCUCCACAGCCAAGAUGGAAGCUUUUCCUAACGCGGGUCCAAAUAACAGGAAGUGGAAUCGGGAGCAGACGAGGCCGCUAACGCCUCCGGGAUCUGGGAUAGCGUCUCCUGAAGCUGCUGCAGAGAAACCGAUGGCCGGUUCUGUUCUGAUAUAGGGUUCGUCUACACGAGGCUGGGUUCAUCCUGUGUUUCCACCCAGCAGAUUAUUUAUUCUUCAGUCACACAAUCAGGAGUUAUUUACUAAAUUUGCCCGUUAAUAAACAUUUUACUUCGACUAAAAGGUUGUUUUAAUGCAGAAGCAUGAAAGACUGAUGACGUUUAGAUCUCUGCAGCUCGGUAGGUCUCGUUUUUCUUUACAUUCAGCUUCACGUAGAUCCAUCCGGAACGGGGACUCCAUUUCACAGGAAGGUUCAUUUCACUUCCUGUUUCUCCCACGCUCAUUAAUGUGACUGUUGUUUUUAAACACAUCGCCCUGUCACCUAGUGAUGCACCGAGAGUUUUCUGCCUCCUGACGACGGGUGCAGGACGCUGCCGGGUCUGGGCUUUGUCUCCUGUCGCUUCAGUCAAGAGGAAAAUUGUAUUAAUGUUGCACGUUUUACAUUUUAUUGCAGUGUUUCACAAUCCUUCACUCCAAUAAUAAAAAAUGCUUCAUGUCGACAUGUGGAAAAUAAAUAAAAGUUUAAAUUAAGAAAAAAGAUUGGUUCCACCGAUGAACUGGUGCUUGUCCUCUUUGGUGAGUCGACCUCCAGGUGAAAUCUUUCAUGUUAGAUGGUCUUGUCAGGCCUCAGGAGCUCCCGUCCUUCUGUUUGAGCUGCUUCCUUCCUCUUAACACACCUGAUACAGUCACCGAAUCACCCUGUUAACCAGCUAUUAAUCAAACCAGGUGUGUCGAUGCAGGAAAACAUGGAGGUAGAGGCCCUCUAGAGCCAGAACCAUGCUCAAACACACGAUUCAGAGGUUAAUCACCCUGGUUCUCCAGAGACACCAUCCUGCAUAUUUUAGAGGUUUCUGGCUCUGACACCUGAACUUGACCUCUGGGCUUCUACCUGCUCAGGCGAUUCAACCAUGUGCAGGAAAAAAACUAAAACAAGCUGGACGGUGGCCCUUCAGGACCAGUGUUGGACUCCACUCGGUAAGAGAUCACAAGUCGAGCACAGGUUCGAUUUUAUGGUUCUCUUUAAUCUGGGCUGUUUUAUGACAUUUUGCACUUUCAGCAUUAAAACAGAAA